CAGCCUCUCAUUAAAAUUUAUUAGCAUCAUAGCAUUAUGAACAUCACGUGAUUUUCCAACUAUUACUUAAUCAACUCCAACUGUAUGUUAUUUAAUUUGGCAAGCCUACUUUUAAAAGAUAAACAAAAUCAGUUUACGUUAAUGUACGCAGAAUGGUAGUGGCACCUUUAAUAACGCUCAACAAUGGCAAAAAAUGCCCUCAACUGGGUUUAGGGACAUGGCUGUCCGAGCCCGGCGAAGUGCAAAAAGCCGUAAAACACGCAAUUGAAACCGGCUAUCGACACAUUGACUGUGCCAUGCUUUACGGCAACGAGAAAGAAAUCGGUGAAGCGAUCCGCGAAAAAAUCGCCGAUGGGACUGUGAAAAGAGAGGAACUUUUUAUCGUCACGAAACUAUGGAACACGUUUCACGAACGGGAAAAAGUCGUCCCGACUUGUAAAAAAUCACUUGAGAAUUUCGGCUUGGAUUACCUCGACCUGUACCUCAUUCACUGGCCCGUUGCGCAAAAAAUCAAGGGCGAAUUCAACAUCAAACUGCCCUUCAAAGACGCCGUCGGGAUUGACUAUGACUACGUCGAGACGUGGAAAGGGAUGGAAGAGUGCGUUGAUUUGGGGAUCGCCAAAAGCAUCGGACUUUCGAAUUUUAAUAGCAAACAACUGGAGCGGGUUUUGCAAAAUGCGAGAAUCAAGCCUGUGAUGAACCAAGUGGAAGUAAGUCCCAAUUUGAACCAGAAAAAACUGAUUCAAUUUUGCAAAGCUCGAAGUGUUCAAAUCACAGCGUAUAGUCCUUUCGGAUCACCGGCAAGGCCUUGGGCUAAGCCUGGUGAUCCAGUUUUGCGCCUGGACGAUCCAAAAUUGGUCAAAAUAGGCCAAAAAUACGACAAAACAGCGUCUCAAGUGAUUUUACGUUAUUUAAUCCAACUCGGAACUAUCCCAAUUCCGAAAUCGUCCAAUCCCCAACGAAUUGAGCAAAACAUCGAUGUUUUCGAUUUUGAGUUAAGUGAGGAGGAUAUGAAAAUUGUGGAUAGUUUCAAUUGUAACGGACGGGCGGUUCAUGCCGAGGAACUCAAAGGGCUGCCGCACUACCCUUUUGAAGGGGUGGAAUUUUAGCAAUAUUUUUAUUAACUUCAAUAAAGUGUAACACAAUUAAUAA